CGCUGAGGCGACCCGCGGGAGGGGCCCCGGCCCCCUGCGCUCCCCGCCUCGGCUCGGCUGGGCUCGGCUGGGGCGGGCGGCGGGAGGCGGCCUCUCGCCGCCGCCCCUCCCGCGCGGGCAGGCGGGCGCUGCGGAGGAAGGGGAGGGCGGCCGCGGCCGCGGCCUCACAUGACUGCCGCCGCGAUGGACGGCGAGCCGCCCGCGGGCGCCGGGGGCGCCGGCACAGAUUUGGCAAAGCCUCCAGUAAAUGAGCCGAGGGAACCGGAACAGUUCCUAAUGCAGGCGCCCCAGGGAAAUCCACUGCUGCUUUCCCACACCCUACAAGAGCUAUUGAGCAAGGAUAGUGUGCAGGUGGAGCUUAUACCUGAGAAGAAGGGCCUUUUUCUGAAACAUGUGGAGUAUGAGGUUUCCAGCAAGCGAUUCAAAUGCUCAGUGUACAGGCGAUAUAAUGAUUUUGUGGUGUUCCACGAGAUGCUGCUUCAGAAGUUUCCAUAUCGUAUGGUACCAGCACUCCCACCAAAGAGGAUGCUGGGAGCUGACCGAGAAUUCAUAGAAUCUAGAAGGAGGGCUCUGAAGCGUUUUAUAAACCUGGUGGCACGGCAUCCCCCUUUCUCAGAAGAUGUGCUCUUGAAGCUCUUUCUGUCCUUCAGUGGCUCAGAUGUGCAGAAUAAGCUAAGAGAGUUGGUCCAAGGAGUGGGAGAUGAAUUCAUGACUUGCAGACUAGCUACCCAAGCCAAGGACUUCCUUCCAGCUGACAUACAGGCCCAGUUUGCUGCCAGCAGGGAGCUCAUCAGAAACAUUUAUAAUAGCUUUUAUAAGCUUCGGGACCGUGCAGAGAGGAUAGCUUCUCGAGCCAUCGAUAAUGCCUCAGAUCUUCUCAUAUUUGGAAAGGAGCUAAGUGCCCUGGGCUCAGACACUACACCGCUUCCAUCCUGGGCUGCUUUGAACAAUAGCACAUGGGGGACUCUGAAACAAGCCUUGAAGGGUCUGUCUGUUGAAUUUGCACUCCUGGCAGAUAAGGCUGUGCAGCAGGGUAAACAGGAAGAGAAUGAUGUGGUGGAGAAGCUGAACCUUUUCCUGGAUUUACUCCAGUCCUAUAAAGACCUGUGUGAAAGACAUGAAAAGGGGGUAUUGCACAAGCACCAGCGAGCAUUGCAUAAGUACAGCAUGAUGAAAAAGCAGAUGAUGAGCGCCACUGUGCAGAACAAGGAACCAGAAUCUGUGGAGCAGUUGGAGUCUCGGAUUGUGGAGCAAGAAAAUGCCAUCCUAACCAUGGAGCUGCGGAAUUACUUUUCUUUGUAUUGCCUGCAUCAGGAGACACAGCUCAUCCACAUCUAUCUGCCUCUCACGUCUCACAUCUUGGGGGCCUUUGUCAACUCCCAGAUCCAGGGUCACAAAGAGAUGAGUAAAGUUUGGAAUGAACUGAAGCCGAAGUUGAGCUGCCUCUUCGUGGGAUCUAGCAAUAUGCCAACUCCACCAUUGUCACCUCCAGAGGGAAACUUCUUCUCCAAUUAAUGCUCUGAGCAUCUAAGAUGGAGCAAGAAGUGCAGUCAAGGGAGGGGUGGGAUCUCUACCUCCAGAUGUUAGAAUGAAUCCUCCAAACAGCUAUUUUUUUUAUACUGCUGCUUUGAGCUGCUCUCUGAAUUAGACAGACUGGAUAUAGGGCAGAAUAUACAGAUAUAAAGACAGUAUCUUAGUUUUGAGGUGCUUUAGGGCAGGUCUGAGUUCGUUGUCCUGCAGACACUCUUCAUAGUGUCAGGAUGUGACCGGUGUAGUGAGUGCUGCAGUCUUGUUGCUGAUGCCUCUGCAUCUGCAUCUAUGAACAGUCCUCCAAUAAUAUUUAUCUGCACAUAUGCUGACAAACAUCUGGGGUGCUGAGAUGAACAGGAUAUCUGAAUCCCUUGCUUGCGGAAAAGAGAUGGAUUGCCUUUUAAGUUUGGGAGAACCUAUGUUAGAGGUAUAUGUGCAUAAGGCAAGCUGAAGGCUAUUCCCAGUCCCAUUAGGAGGUGUCAGGAUUUCUUACUGCUAGACCUUAGAGCAAAAUACAUGACGUACUGGUUGGAUUCACUAAGCCUGCUGGGUUGGAGUCAGUGCUGCUGUGAGGCAGCAAUUUCCCAGUGAGCCUAAGCAGACUACAUGUCAAUGUGAUUCAGUUCACGGUUGCAGGGCAGCCUAGGGACUUGUUUAUAUUUUUCAGUUUGGGGCCAAAGAUGGCUGGGUUCAGGAGCUCAGAGAAGUUUGCUUGGCAUAAAUGAGAAACUAAUUGAUGGAAACACUCCUUAAUUGUACACAACUCAUAUUAUACAAUCAGUACAGCUACAGGUUAGCUUGUUUAUUUUCUUGUGGAGGUUCUGAUGUCCCUAUGUUGAGUAGUUGUUUAGGACUAUUGAAGAGCUGCUAACCCAAAGGCCGGUGUUUCCUCUGGUAAAGAUGAGAUAUCCUGUUACACCAGCAGGCUAGGACACAAUACUGAUAAAAUUCGUUAGCAAAAAAACCAGUAUUUAUCAUGAUGUUACUGUCGUUCUCUUUUCCGGCUCUGGAUAGUGUUGGAGUGUUUUUGUGAAGGAGAGAAGACAACUGAAGAGGUAGUUCUUUCUCUCGCUAAGAAUAGCAUUGUCCUUGGUAAUGGGAUUUUCAAAACGAUUUCUGAUUGUGAUAAAGGGACUAAACUUUCUCCAUGUCUCACUUUGUAUCUCUGGUGACCUUCCCUCAUGAGGUACAGGGUAGUGGGAGGAGAAUGCACAUAUCUGUUAUCUUAGGAGAAAUUGUGCGUAUCCUCUAGAGAAACUGAUAAGUGAAGAAACUGCAAACAUAUGCAGCAAAACUCUACGUGAACAGGGCUCCCCUGAACCUAACUCCUCUGGGGCCAAAUGAGCUGCUAAAGGGGAAUUUGAGACUUGGCUUCUUAGCAUUUGUUUUGAGCGGGUAAAAAGGAAGCACAUUAACAAGGAUGAGUGCUUGCUAUCAAACUGGAACCGUUACAGUAUUUUCCCACUGGGGAACUUCCCCAUUAGCAGGAUAUAUAUUUAAAUCCUCCAAUCACAAAAGUUUCUUUUUUUUUUUUUUUUUUUAAUUUAGAAAAUUCAGUACAACAUGAAAAGCUUUCUAAUCCAGGUAGAAAUUUUGGAUUAGUUUCUUCAGCUAGGAGCAAGAUAAUAAGUUAUUUCCCAAGGUUCAUGAGCCCAGCAUAACCAUUCCAUAUAUAUAUAUGUGUGUGUGUGCGUGCACGCGUGUAUACCUAAACACACACUAUAUAAAGAAAAAAUCUCAAAAUAUGGUAAAAUGCACUUAGUGUGUGGGUGAAUUUCUUAAGGAGUGCGGGGUGUCUCGUUUAACAGUCUUGUUCAGAAUACAUUACUAAGAGCUUUUUAUAGCAAUUCAAAUGUUAACUCUUUUCUGAGUCUUUCCUCCUGCAUCUUGGCCUUGUCCAGCAAGACAGAUUAACUGCAAAUGCCUGUGACAGAUUUGAUUCUCUCUCCUGAAGAUUUCCAAAGUGAUGUAGAAGAGAUUCUGUUCACAGGCCAGAGCAAACUGGAUGGGGAGGGAAAUGUUUCUGCAAUACAGUAACAAAUAAGGCAUCCCAAGAAUGGCACAAAACUUUUUUUUUUUUUUUUUUCCCCUGCUAGGCCUUGUAUUGAUUAGGAAGAAAACUUGUGGUUAAAGUGCUACUAGCAUUUUACCAUAUUUUAAACACUUCACUCCUAGCAUCUUUAGAAUAUACUAGCUGGUUAUGGACAGUUGCUUAUUUAGUCUUAGUAUCCAUCCUCCCUUAUUAAGUCUUUUUUGCCUGAUAUGUUGAAUAGCUGAAUUAAGAAAACACUGCAUGUUUUGGGGGAUGGAUCUUCUACAUAUGUUGACUGGCUGGUGUAGACAACUGGGGAUAUGUUCUGUAGGAACACUUGCAAAGUAUGAAAAGCCUUGCACUUUUCACAUUUAGAAGUAAGUUACAAUUUCAGACUUUACGUUUAAAAAAAAAAAGUUAGACUUUGGACUAAUUAACUCCUCUUUCCUGUUCUCUCUUAAAGCAAGAAUACAAUAGUCCAAAUGUAGAGACUAUAACAACAUACAUAUAGGUAGACCUUAUGAUGUAUUAAAACUGGAAUUGUGCUGAUUGGAGAAAGCAUCUAUUCCUCCAUUGUCAACCAUUUGUUCUUUGAGGACAACAAGUGGUUUUUUUUGUUUGUUUGUUUUUUCACUCUGUUCACCUAGUAUUUUGAGAACAAAGGCCUAUUCUCACAGCUGAUACAGCUAAUAGCACUUUCAGAGUUUAUUUCAUACUGGACUGUUAAGCUUCUGUGUCAUUUCUAAACACAUACAUGUACUAUUUCAUACAAGCUUUAGUUUGCAAACCUUACUUGGGGGAGACUGGUCAGUGUGCAAACAGCAGUAUUGUAUUUACUUCAACGUGUGAGGGAGCUCCUCGCUGUAUAUGUCCCAUUUUAGUUUAGGGAUCUGUCAGAUUUACAGAGAGCAGCAUCAAGUACAGCUUCCUUGCUCUAGAGGAAUGCAGUAGGGAUUGGUCACAUUGGCUUCAGUUCUCUGUCUACCCUGAUCACAACGUAGGGGAAACAGAGCUAGUUACCUCCAUGCUAUUCCUUUCUCCAGCAAAGAGCCUAGCAUCUAGCAAUAGUGAGAAAAAUACUUCAUGAAGUUACUCGUUCCAUUAGCGGUAGCUAAAUAGAUUGCAAUAAACACUAAGCAAACCAGAAGACUAGCUGAAGAGUGUGUACUGCCUAUCCAUGAACUGAUGCUUCUCUAAGACUUAGCGCCAAAGAGUUAAUGUGCCUUCUUGAAUGGAAGCUUUCUGUGCAUGUCUUGACCUCAUGGUGGCUUCCAUGUGUUCAAAAUAGUAAAGACAGAAGAGGCCUCCAAGCUUUGUGUCAGUGUCUCCAUCUGAUCUGUUGAGGAGGUGCCAGGUACCAAACAGCUGAGAGCCUGAAACUUCACCUGAAAAGUGUCUUCCUUUCAAAAGGGCUGCAUGUUUUCCUCACUCCUAAGUUUACCUCUGCUUCAAGCUGUUGAAGUGGUAACAUACAGCCUUGCUGACCAACAUGGAAGAGUUUCCUGAUGUUGAAAGGCUUUCCACCCUAUUGGAUUUACAGUACAACCUUGAUCUUUGAUGCAUCUCUCGCUUCUUUCCCCCUCCUUCCAUGUUCUGUAAAGUUGCUGAUGGUAGUGUGUUUUAAACAGUGCCUUGCUGCAUUCCAGUGCUUUUACUCUUCUUUGAUCAUGCAAGGGUGUAAUUCCUGGAAUUUGUAAAAAGCUAAUUCACAAUCCUCAGUUUGUGAUGUUUCCUAAAAGACAAGGAUCACCAGCUGGGUACAGAAUUUAUUUCAAACCCAUCACUCCAAAACUGCAGCAGGAGCAAUAAAUAGUCACUCCUCUUCCAAAUGGUUAGGGCUAAAUUCAGUGCUGGUGAAAGCAUCUUCAUAGAAGGAUUGAAUUGGCUGCAGAACAGAGAAUGGCAUUUGCUUUUUUCCUACCUGAACUCCUGCAGAAAGAGAGAGUAAUUUGCACUGACCAUGCAAUUUACCAUUUCCACCAGGAAAUAAAUCAAGAUUACAAAGCAGGUGUCAGCUGCCAGACUCCCAUUCCUACCAUGCAGUAAGGUUUUACAUUCUGUUACAAGCUGCCUAUCCCCUUGUGCUUAUUUUCUUUCCUCUACUUGCCUCAAGCUAUUCUCUCCAUUAGAACAACCACAAACCCUUACUGGGUAGCUGUGUUGGAAGCAGAGGUGAGUAUCAGAAACCCUGUAAAUAAGUCAGUGUGCAAAACAAAAGGAAAGGUAAGAGUGUAGGAUGUUAACUCUUAUCCUCUAACUUUUAGCUGUGGCUUACUGAGCAUAUGAAGAAGAGCAUUUUUGAGUGGUAUAAAUUAUUCAGAACUGCUGGAGGGAGACAAGAAGGAACAGUCUUGUUCAGAGGGUGUGAAAUUUGCCUGCCUGGAAUAUCCUGUAUCUUUGCUUUGCUCAAAUAGCCUUAUGUAUGAAGCACUUUAUCCAAAUGCAGGAAUUAAAGAACUAUUACAACAGCUGGUAGACUGGAAAUGUUUACAAAUCCUAUAUUACAUUCCAAGAUUCUAUCUGUAAGUGUUAAAUGUGUUUGUAAAAGUGUAUAAAAAAAAAAAAAGCCUUGUAUAAGAAGUUA